CCCACCCUUUCUACAUAUCGCGUCCUCGCCACCCCCACCUCUCUCGCCCUCUCUUUCCCUUCGCACAAUCGCGGCGUCGGCGGCUGCGGCGGAACCUCCCGGCGAUCACCGGACUCACCCCGGCAGGCAAAGCAAUGAGGAGGUACAGUCCCCAAUACCGGAGUCCCCCAAGGAGGGGAUAUGGUGGCAGAGGUAGAAGUCCCCCGAGGAGGGGAUAUGGAGGACGGAGGGAGCAGGGUUCAGGAAGCCUCUUGGUCCGCAACAUCCCAUUGAGCUGCAGGCCGGAGGAUCUGCGGGUUCCUUUUGAAAGGUUUGGUCCUGUUCGGGAUGUGUACCUACCAAAGGAUUAUUACACCAGGGAGCCCCGAGGGUUUGCAUUUGUGGAGUUUGUUGACCCUUAUGACGCCUCUGAUGCACAAUAUCACUUGAACCACACAGUAUUUUGUGGCCGAGAGAUAACUGUUGUUGUUGCUUCCGAGUCACGGAAAAGGCCAGAUGAUAUGCGUAAUAGGGCUAGAAUCAGGGGGUAUUCUGGUGAACCUGAAAGGCGUCAUUCUCGUUAUGGGAGGUCUCGUUCCCGUUCACGCUCCUACUCUCCUCGCUAUCGGGGCCGUCCUCGGUCAAGGUCAAGGUCAUACUCUCCUGCUCCAAGACGGCGAGAUGACUACUCUGCUUCCCCACCAAGAUCACAUCACACACAGUCUCCUAGGCGUCUGCCAAAGGGGCAUGAAGAAGACGAGCGGAGAUCCUAUUCUCCUGCUGGUAGAGGUGGUGGUGAGCGUGAUGCUGAUACUAAUGGAAAGAGGUCACCACCAUCUGACACUGAAGGAUCACCUCCACGCACCCGUAGGUCACCCAGGCAAUCCUCAGGAUCACCCGUGGGGUCGCGCUCAAGGUCCCCUGAAGCUUCUCCUGCCCGCAGCGACUGAUAAAAUUGGUGCCUCCCAUAUUGCCGCGUCUCCCACAGCGGCGCGGCCAUGUACUCUAUCUCUAGCUUCAUUGUCUGAGUAAAACCCAUCUGGGAUGUGUUGGCUAGUGUUGCGGUGCCUCUUUAGUUAGCAGAUAUGACUGGUUGGCUGUUCUUUUGCUGCUUGGUGUUGUUGAACCUUGUACCAUGGUAGUGUUUUAAUGUGAACUGAGCCACAAUUGUGUUUGAA